AUGGCUACAUCCAAUUCACUUCAAGAUUUGCACGAAGUUCACAAGGAUCAUCAAAACAAAUUGAUUUUUGAAAAGAAUGUCGAUAUACCACGGGCUAAAAAUCUUCCAAUUCGGUGUAACGUAUAUCGUCCCGUGGCUGAGGCAGAUGCGAAGUUCCCCGUCCUUGUGACUUACGGCCCAUAUGGCAAAGAUAUUCCAUAUUCAGACUUUCACCCGAAAUCGUUUGCGGAGGUCAACCCGGAACACAAGUCCAAGUACAGUGUCUGGGAAACGCCGGAUCCAGUAUUUUGGACCGCCCACGGCUAUGUAGUCGUUAGAGCAGAUGAGCGAGGUCUUGGCCAAUCCCCAGGGAUCUUGGAUACAAUGUCUCGUGGAACUAGCGAGUGUUUCUUUGACGUCGUUGAGUGGGCUGCAGAGCAGCCGUGGUCAUCUGGCAAGGUCGGACUAUUGGGUAUCAGUUACUAUGCAGGGAGUCAAUGGCGAGUAGCGGCUAGACGACCAAAAGGUCUUGCAGCUAUAGUUCCGUGGGAAGGAAUGUCGGAUUAUUAUCGUGAUCGGUGCCGACACGGAGGUAUUUUAUCUAACAAAUUUAUCGAUUUCUGGUGGAACCGACAGGUAGUUACGAAUCAGUAUGGCCGUCCCGGUAGAGCAGCCUCCAAAUGGGGGGAAGAUACUGCCGAAGGUGACUUGCCCGCGGAACAGUUGAAGUCGAAUCGACGAGACCAGAAUGAGGAUAACCAGGCAAACUACUUUAGAGAUGACGAGUACUAUGCCUCAAAAGACUUCAAUUUGGCGGAUAUCGAAGUUCCAUUGCUUUCUGUGGCAAACUGGGGCGGUAUCCUGCUCCAUCUGCGUGGAAAUGUUGAAGGCUUCGUUCAAGCAGGGUCAAAGUUGAAAUAUCUUCGUUUCAUCGUCGGGCGGCACGAUUUACCAUUCUAUUAUCACGACGAGGUCGAGGUCCAGCGGAGUUUCUUGGAUGCUUUCUUGAAGGGUGAAGAUAGAACUGGUUGGUCAAAGCCAGGUGCGACAGCACCUGUGAGUGUUGUCUCCCGAAAAGGCAACGUGGGCUUCAACAAUCCAGAGUUUGAAGCCACUUACGAAAGGCGCGAGGAGACUGCGUGGCCAAUCGCAAAUACAGAGUACAUCAAAUACUUCCUCUCAGCCGACGGAGCUCUAAGCACAGAGUCAAAAAGUGUUACUUCAUCGAUAUCAUAUCCCGCACUCGAUAACCUGGAAACUCCUCACUCAUUGCAAUUCAGCACUUCUCCAUUCGAGACCGAAGUAGAAAUCACAGGACACAUCGUAGCACACCUCAAUGUUUCAAUGACCCCAGAGACUGAACGCGGUCCAGACAAAGAUAUCGAUCUCUUUGUUACACUUCGAUACAUCUCACCUAGUGGAGAAGAGGUCCACUAUACUGGCACAGCCGGUGAUCCAAUCCCGCUCACCAAAGGAUGGCUGCGAGUCUCGCAUCGAAAAGUCGACAAAAGUCACCCUCUUCACCGACCAUACCUCCCGUAUCGUACUUAUUUUUCGACUGAUGUGCAGCCUGUUGCGCCUGGCCAAAUUUAUGAUGUUGAUGUCGAGGUUUGGCCUACAAAUGUGAUCGUAGAGAAGGGCGGUCGAUUAGUUUUUGAGGUUGCUAGCGGCGACACGCAAGGUAGCGGAAUGUUUCAGCACACAAAUGAAGUUGACAGGUCAAGAAGCAAGCUUGCAGGAACCAACCAUUUGCACUUUGGAGAGAAUUCGCAAAAUUACAUUGUAUUGCCAGUGAUUCCUUCAAGUUCGAGUUGA